AUGUUGUUAACGGACCACUUGCAGGGCAAGCGCAUCAAGUACUUCCAGAUCUACCGCUGGGAUCCUGAUCAGAGCAGCCGCCCCACCAUGGCGACGUACCCGAUCAAUCUGUCGGAGUGUGGUCCCAUGGUUCUGGAUGCUCUUCUCAAGAUCAAGAACGAGCAGGACUCUACCUUGACCUUCCGUAGAUCUUGCCGCGAGGGGAUCUGCGGCUCCUGUGCGAUGAACAUUGAUGGAUCCAACACUCUUGCCUGCCUUGCACGAAUCGACACCUCCUCCUCCAAAACGAAGAUCUAUCCUCUCCCUCACAUGUAUGUCGUCAAGGACCUGGUCCCCGACAUGACCAACUUCUACGCUCAAUACAAGACCAUCGAGCCCUGGCUUCAGAAGGAGGGCAACGAGAACUACAUGAGCAAGAAGGACCGCGAUGUGCUUGAUGGAAUGUAUGAGUGCAUCCUGUGCGCUUGCUGCAGCACUUCCUGCCCUUCCUACUGGUGGAACUCCGAGAAGUACCUCGGCCCGGCUGUUCUCAUGCAGGCCUACCGUUGGAUCUGCGACUCUCGUGAUCAGAACACCAAGAAGCGCAUGGAGAUGCUUGACGAUACGUACAAGCUCUACCGUUGCCACACCAUCAUGAACUGCACCAAGACUUGUCCCAAGAGUCUCAACCCUGGGCUCGCCAUCGCCAGGCUCAAGAGGAAACUUGUGACUGGAUGA